AGCUAGCACAAACAUGUAUAACUUGUCAUACCGCAUCUAUUUGACUGUGACUUGACGCUCCUCCAGUUUUUACGACUUGAAUUUAAAAAGCAUAUUAAAUAUCCGCUUGCUCUUUUUCCGAUAACAAUGACAACAUUGACAACAAGGAGCGGAAGGAUGAUUCAGACAUUGGACCCUUUGUUACUACUUUUAUUUUUGCUUUUUUGAACCGUUUUUGUGGUCAUGUCCCUUGUAAAUGUUUUCGGAACAUACUUUUACUAUGUCGCAAUUAAAACUAAUGCUAUGCUAUUUCCGUGAGGAGAAAAAUCAAUCCGUAAUUAAUCAGACAAAAAUGGAUCCUCCUGUAUCUACUCCAAAAAUGAAGUUUGAGUUUAUGAAUUUUUUUCUCCUCUAAGUUUACAGUUAAGCACAGUGUUGCUUGAAAAACUCGGCAGACAACCACCAGUUUGAAAAAAUAACAUAUUUAUGCUUUUAUUUGUAGGUAUGGAGAUUCUUAAGUUGGUGCCAUAAGGGGAGAUUGUUAAGUACAUCCAAAGUACUUUAAUUAAAGCCGGUAUAAUUGUGUUUAUAUAAACAGAAUUCGUAUAACCUCCUUGGUAAAUUUUCAUUGAAGGUUUCAGAGGAAAAAACACGUUCAACGCUAAAUUCGACUUGCGCUUCUUUUUUUCACGCUGCGAUUUGUUUUGUUCAACUCAGCAUUACGCGUGUUGUUAAUUUUUUUGCGUAUGUUUAAUUCAGUUAGAGAGAAAAAACAUCUUAAGGAUUUUUUCUCCAUUUCCCAUCAAAAACCUGUGUAAAAAGCAACAAUUUUAUUUCAAUUAAUUACUUCGUUGGCUCUUCAUCAUUGACAUAUUGAAUGUUUUGAACGGUAAUUGGCGAUACUUAGCUGACUUUAUCGAUGAUAUAUUGACAUUUGACUGUACUUUUCAACUUUCUGAGUAGAAUGUUUUAAAUAGUUGGCCAUACUCUCGAGCAAACAGCUGGUUGGCAAUGAAAACUAUUCAGUUCAAGAAAGCGCGAGUGUUAUUUGCUGGUAUCUUAGUUUGUUUUCUCGCUAUAUUACUCAUCAAAAACUACAGCGAACAAAUAGGUCGUGCCUUCAGCAAACGCAAUGCAGGCAAUGUGGGUGAACCAACGCUGGGAAAAAAUGUACCCAUGACCCCGAAGCACGAGCCCCCGAUUGAAGAUGCAGGGAGCAUAGAAUCAGGCUGGGUCAAACCGAAGAUUGCCCGUCCAGGUGAUGACGGGAGACCUGUUAUUUUGCUGCCUGAAGAAGAAGAAAAAGCCAAAAAUCAGUGGAGUCUUAAUGAGUUUAACAUGGUUGCUGCGGCUAAGAUCCCUUUAGACAGAACGUUACCAGACUUCCGGCAUAAAAUGUGCAAAGAUAUCGAUUAUAAUGUUACCAAAUUGCCGAAGACGAGUAUCAUUGUUAUUUUCCAUAAUGAGGAGUAUUACACUUUGCUGAGAACUGCUACAAGUUGUUACAAUAGAUCGCCACCUCAUUUACUGAAGGAGAUUAUUUUGGUUGAUGAUUUCAGUGAGCGAGAUCAUUUAAAAGAGCCCUUAGAAAGGUACGUGAACGCGCACUACGAGGGCAAAGUGAGGGUGGUUCGGACUCCCUCGCGACACGGACUGAUUAGGGCGAAGAACUUCGGCAGCAAGCACGCCACAGGGGACGCCCUCAUCUUCCUCGACUCCCACUGCGAGUGCACGGAAGGCUGGCUGCCCCCUCUGCUGGCCGCUCUCAGGGACAACCCCAAGACAGUGGUGCAACCAGUUAUUCCAGGAAUCGACCAGCAGACCCUCGCCUUCCAGCAAAGCCAAGUCUCCCUGUCUGCCCAGGGCACUUUCGAGUGGAGCAUGCUGUUCUUUUGGCGAGAUAUCCCCCAACACGACCAGAAGCUACGCAAAACCCCUGUUGACAGAAUCAGGAGUCCCACUUUGGCAGGGGGUCUGUUCGGACUCAUGAGGGAGUGGUGGGAGCACUUGGGAAGAUAUGACGACGGCAUGGAGUUAUGGGGUGGAGAGAACCUGGAGCUGUCUUUUAAGUCGUGGUUGUGUGGGGGUCAGGUUCAGUACAUCCCCUGCAGUCACGUGGGACAUAUCUACAGGGGAAAACAUCCUUAUCAUUGGUACAAGCCAGGCCCAGACAGAGCAUUCACAGUAAAUGCCAGGCGUCUAGCUGAAGUGUGGUUGGACGAAUACAAGAAGUUCUUCUACGAAGUAGCUCCCGAUGCCAAGACACUCGACAUGGGAGACUUAUCAGAGCAACUGGCCAAUAAGAAACGCCUCAACUGCAAACCAUUCAAAUACUUCAUAACUGACGUCGUCAUUGACAUGCAUCCACCAACCCUGAAAAACAAAGCUGAAGGCAGCAUGAAAACCUUGUAUGAUAAUUUGUGUGUGGAUAGUUACAAUGAAAAAACAGGACCAGCUAAGUUGUUUUCUUGUCAUCACCAGGGUGGCAACCAGGCCGUAUCUUUAUCAGAAAUAGGCGAAAUCAGACUACAUAUCACAUCGUGCCUCGAAAACUCGCCCGGAACUUCACAAGUGUCCAUGGCCCAGUGCAACGGAAGCCAGAAACAGAUGUGGGAUCAUAAAAAGGGGGAGGGGUGGCAGGUAAUUCACAAAGUGACACACCAAUGCCUCACUCAACACGAAACGACAAUCAAAUUAGCCGACUGUAUCGACGAAUCGAAAAAAGAAAGUAAGCCGCAGAAAUGGUUGUUUGAUAAGUACUACGACCCUCCGCAAUAAAAAAGGUGCAUAUAACUGACGAUUAUUAAAAACCGUAAAUUAUUUAUAACCACAUAUUCCUUUAAAUGUUUUCCAUAUUUUCUUUCACUGGACUGAAUCAAUUA